GCAGAGAGGCUGGAUUGAGGGGGAUGGAAGGAAGGCAACGAUGAUGAGCCUAAGCUUGAGCUGGGGUCAACUCUGCGUCACCGGCGCUGCUCCCUCUGGCUUGGUUGGCUCCUCUCUUCUUCCCUCUGCUUUCCCCCUCGCUUCUGUGUCCAUUCGCCCUCCUCCUCCUUCCUCUCUCACCCUUCUCAGAUCCCACUCUGCUCCGCUUCCCCUGAAUGAGGACGACGACGGCGCCCAACUUCAAGACCUUAGGGUUCCUCCUCACUGGUUACUUCCACCAACCGCCUUUCAGGAAUCAGAGUGGCUGAGGGUUACGCUGCAUAAGUGGUUGGACGACGAGUACUGCCCGGAGGAAACCAACGUGGAGAUAAGCAAAGUUGCAGCCCAGUCGUACUACAAAUCUCUGCUGGAGAAACAAACAGACCUGGGUGAGAUCUUAUUGAAGAUGGCCAGGGAGCUGGAAUCCAUUUCUUAUCAGGAAAGCUUUCACGGGGCGUUCUCUUCUGCAAAUGCAGCAAUUAAUCUGAUUGCCCAAAGAAUCGAAGACUCCUUCCAGUAAACCUGAGUGGUCGAGCCUAAUAAGCCGAAUGGAUUUGAUUGCUUCCUGCUGGUUGGUCUGAAACUUGCUUCAUCAACUAAUGUUAUCCCUCACCAAAUCCUGUAAAACCUUGAGCAAUCAUUCGAUGCUUGGAAAUUUUUUUUUUAGACAUUUAAUUAAGAUGAUUUAUAAAGAGUUCUUUCAAAGUUUUAAUUAAUAACAUUAGUUUCAUUUUAAGAUUA